AUGGAUGAUUAUCUUGCGCCUAUACCACAUCUAAAUACUGAAUCGUUUUCUGAGGAAUCUAGUUCCGAUGAUGAUUCAUGUGUUGAAAUUACAUCUAAUAUCGAUGAAAAUGAAAAAGAAUUAAUUAAAUGGAGUAACUAUUUGCAAAUUGAUUCGAACGACGACGACGACAGCGAUGAAAACUAUUCUUCUGACCAGCCUACACAACUAGUUAAUUAUUCAACAUCAGGAUCGUCUUAUGAUGAAGAAAAUGCAGUAUACGCACCAUCUUUGAAUGGUAAAAAACGUAUGCGCUUACAUGGUGGCGGUAAGAAGUUAACUUACGUGGAUCUGGAUGUUCGCUUACUUGCUUGGUAUCGCGAAAAACGUACUGCACCUGGCUCAACAACAGCUGCUGCUCAUAUUCAUAAAGAAAGAGUAACGUUUCGUCAACUUCAACGUCGUGGUCAACAAAUCAACAUUGAAUUGAAUCAUCAAUGUCCAUCAGCAAAGUGGUUUGGCCGAUUUCCCGUUCGACAUCGUCUUUCGCUUCAACGUCCGAAGAGACAGCAAAAAAUUCCACUCAACGAAAUUCACCAAAAAGCAACAUCAUUCUAUACUUUUCUUCGUCGGGCAAGUCGAUGGGCUCUAAAACGUGGACAAAUGGGAGCUUUUACUUUUAGAGACAUAUUUAAUAUGGAUGAAUCACCUCUGGCCUUAUUUGGUGAUCAGUCAAAACGAUCAAUCAACGAUAUAAAUACUUGUAACGAAGUAGAAGGAUGUUUAAGUAACAAAAGAUUUUGUACAGUUAUUCUUACAGUUUCUGGAGAAGAUCAACGUGUUGAUCCGAUUUUAUUAUUUAAAGGAAAAGGUCACGUUUCUGCUAUUGAACAACAACAAUACGCUGAUGGGAUCAAAGUUUGUUUUAUUCCUGAAGGAGUUAUCAAUACUGUUACAAUGAACAAAUACAAUGAAUGGUUUGUUUCAAAAGUUCAAGACGGGCAUCCGAAGAUGCUGAUUGUUGAUUCAGCUGGUUCUCAUUUAAAUCCUGAAACUAUUCGUAGUCUUCGAAAGAAAAGCGUGGUGGUUGCUGUUAUACCGACUGGAUGCACGAUGUAUCUUCAAGCUUUAGAUGUAUCUAUCUUUUCAAUAUUUAAAAACCAUUAUACAGAUGCAGCAGAUGAAUUUAUCGAAAGAAAUGGGCCCAGAAGUAAACUUAAACUUACCGCUUCACAUUCCAGAAUUCUUUGUACACAAGAAUUUACAAAUAUUGGUUACAUAUGGAAAGAUAAUACGCCAGUAAUGCCACGAACUCUUCCAAAUUAUACAUUCGAUCCCGAUAAAGUGAAUUCGCAACUAACUUCUAUUGAUCAAACUGAUAAUGAUGAUGAAGAACGACAGAUUGAAAUUCAAGCGAAGUUAGCUAAUGAACAUGACAAAACACUUCUUAAUCAACAAAAUAAACAGCUGAAGUUGAACCAUUUUUGGAAAAUGUAA